AGGGCGACGAGCCGAGCGAGCUGACGGGCAACGAGACCGGCCUUGCAGAGGGCGCUUCCAGCACGGAGACCGAGCGCCGGAUGCAGGCCCAGCUCGCGCAGCUGCAGAGGCGCCUGACCGCCCUGGAUGCCCUCGGCAUCGGCCCCGACGCGGGCGAGCCGGCAUGGAGCCGCGGUCUCGACCGGCGCCUGGUGGAGGACAUAAGCGAGGUGGAAAAGGACCGGCAGAAGUACGAGAAUGCGCUGCUCAGCAUAUUGCCUGCCUGGCGCUCCGCGGAGACUCUCGCCAAGGACUCGUGCAUACAGGUUGAGUUGGCGACCCAGAAGAUAGACUCGCUGGUCUGCCGGGUGCAGACCUUCAUCCCAGAGCCAGCCCGGCAUCCCAGGAUCCGACGCCGUGGAAGCGAUCGCCACGAAGUGCGACGCGGAAUCGGAGAAGAACGUCACCGCCGAGGGCAGCUGCCCAGAGAAGGUGCAGUCCGAAGGCAUACGCGACGCCUUCUCUGGCUCGGCUGGCUUCAUCUCGUACGCCUUCGCCCUCAUCGAAUACACCGUCCAGAACUACAGGUUCGUCAGCAUAGUCAUGGCCUGCGUCUUGCUGGCCAUCGGCAUCGUGCUCGCAUUCGUUGGGUACUAUGUCAAGGAGGGCGUCGAGUUCUUCCAAGGGUGCUGCGGUGGACUUGUGCUGUGGAGCAUGGGAAUAUCCGUCAUGGUCCUUUGGUAUGACAUGUGCCGCGGCGCCACCUUUUUUCCAGACUGCGACCCUCUCUUUCUGAUGAUAGUGGUGCUUGUGCUUAGCAUCCUGAGCGGCGUGCUGACAUGGAAGAUGCAUUGGGAGCGAGUGGAGGCAUUCCUCUCCGGGUUUACGACUGGAGCUUUCGCCGGCGGUGUUUACUACAUCAUUAUGUACCGUGAUGAGCUGCUGGGGGGGUUCUUGGAUGCCGACAGCGCCAAGCCCUACAUGCUAUCUCUGAUGAUCGUCAUGGUCCUGGUGGGCUUGGUUGUCGCUGCGCUGACCCAGGUGCUCUUCCGGCAGCUGCUGAUGAUGGGCACCGCAAUCGUCGGGGCGUGCCUCAUUGUGUGCUCGUUCCUGAUAUUCAUUCCGCACUGGUGGUCGACGUAUGACUGGGUAGCCUGGGGCGUGCUGUCCGUUGCCGGCUACUUGGUUCAGCUGCUGAUCACUCCUCCUGAGUACGAGAUGAUGAGCAAGGAGGAGAUGCAGGAGUACAAGAAGAACAAGAACAAGGACGGGGGCAAGCUCUGAGGCGGAGAGCGGGGAGUGGGAGCGCCGACAGGUGGGGCAGCUGGCGCGGCCACGGCCACGGCAGGACGAGGCCGCCACGACGCAAAGGUGCCCCGAGGGAGCCGUGUCCUGCAUCUCGCGGACGACCUGUUUGCACCGUGCCUCGUUGGCGUCUUCUCGAGGCGUCGGGACGGCCCUCCGAGGGGUCCAGGACCCGCCUCCCUCGGCAUCCGUCUGCCUCGCGCCAGCAUCCCCUCGUCCUCCUCUUCCUCCUCGUCCUCCUCUCCCUCCUCCUCUCCCUCCUCCUCGUCCUCUCC